AUGUGUGUGACGGAUGCGGACCUGAGCCUCGUUGUUCAUUCUGUUCCCGACGACGACAUGGCCUCGCCGCCGUCGCCCCAGCGGCCGUCCCUCCGCGACAGGCUCUUCUCCACGUCCUCGAAAAAGGCGCCGCAGAAGGAGCCACAGCCAGCGGAGGCCGCCCCGUCGACAGAGGAUACCCAAGCCGACGACCCGGACAGAGAACAGGGUUCUCUCAACUCGACGUUGACCAACAACAAGAACAAUAAUCGCCGCAUUCCUUUCUACCGCCGCAAGCCUGCCACUGCUUUGUCUUCUUCCACCUCCCAUUCACUCGUAAAGUCGCCAUCUGGACCUUCCAGAUCGGCAAAACCCUCCUUUUUCAGCAGAGUCGUCACCAAAGUCGUCCCCUGCGUCUCUGCGCCAGAAACGCCCGUCGCUCCCUCUGAUAAUAACCCUUCUUCUUUUGCUCUCAAAGACAUCUCAAACCCUGAUAUUUCUAACCCACAAAACGGUACCGAACUGGAUAUCUCUCCUCCCUUGGCUGCUGGUUUCACGCUUCCCCCUCCCUCAUCCAAUCCGCCAUCCCCGACAGACUCGGAUGUCAUCAUCCCCCCGCCCGUUAGUGCGACCCUCCUGCCGGAGGACGAGACGGAUGGCAUGACCUCUGGCGCUGUUCAGCCGCCAGGAUCCUCGGGCACCACCGAGAUCGUGCAUGCCCAUACCCAUGACUCGUCGGAAGACUCUGACCGCACCAGUUAUAGCGACGACGAGGCCGACGCGCAUCACAUCCACGAGGAACAGGACGAGGAGGAGCGUCUGAUCAAGGCUGGGGGCGCCGGUAUUCCUAUUGGCCCUGACGGCGUUCCCAAACCCCUUUUGCCACCCAUUGCACCUGAACACGUCGGUAGGAAGUGUUUGGUGCUUGACCUGGAUGAGACUCUCGUCCAUAGCAGCUUCAAGGCCAUCCAGCAAGCAGACUUUGUGGUGCCUGUGGAAAUUGAAUACCAUUGGCACCAUUUCCAUAUACUGAAACGGCCAGGGGUCGAUAAUUUUCUGAAGCAUAUGGGGGAGCUGUACGAGGUUGUAGUUUUCACAGCAAGUCUAAGUAAAUAUGCGGAUCCUGUACUUGAUAAACUUGACAUCCAUCGAGUGGUAGCACAUCGGCUAUUCCGAGAGAGCUGCUUCAAUCACAAAGGAAACUACGUCAAGGAUCUAUCUCAACUAGGGCGACCUAUUGCGGACACGAUCAUCCUGGACAACUCUCCCGCGUCGUACAUCUUCCAUCCGAACAACGCGGUGCCGGUCUCGUCGUGGUUUAACGACCCUCACGAUGCUGAGCUGACAGACCUAAUACCGUUCCUGGGGGACUUGACGCAGGUACCCGACGUGCGCGGGGUACUGGAUGGAGCGCGUUGA